GAAAAUAUUUCCAUAAGAAUGUCCAGCCCCUGCUACUAAGCGAAUGGACUUAACCUAACAAGGGCGGCCAAACCAGUUUUAAAUAUUUUUUAAUGAAAUUGGUAAUCUUAAGAGGUUGUAAUAUUACUAAAUCGCAUUAUAAUACAUAUUAUAUAUGUAUAUACAGAAUAUGAUAUUUCUUCCUAAGAAUACAGGUAUAAGGUAAUUUUUGAACUCCUUUUCUGGAUGUUAUUGUUUAUUUUAUUAUUAAUAAGUAUCAUUUUUAUACUUGCAUUUGAUGCAUUGGCAACUACUGCAUAUGUGGACAGUACCUUUUCAACUAACUUUUAUAAUAAUGAAGUUGAAUUUAGGUUAAUGAUUUUGUUGUAUACUAAACUAAUGGACAGGAAGCAAUGAAAUAAUACGCAAUGGAUGUAUUGUCGCAGUCUCCAUAUCCAAAUGACCAUUAAUGCGUGUAUGAGUUUUGAUUUCGUAUUCUAUGCAGAAUUUUAACAGAGGAUACACAACAAUGUAGCAGGAUGUAAUAAUCGCAGCGAGAAAGGGUUUACUAUGAAAUGUUUCCCUCGUGAUCCAGUAUUGCGAAAAGUGUGGAAAGAUAGAGUUGGCAGAGCUGAUUGGGAACCGUCUAAUAACUCGUUUCUUUGUCAUGUGCAUUUUGAGUCAGAGCAAUGGGUUGUAUCACCCAAUGGUAAACUGAAAUUAAGAAAGGAUGCCGUGCCAUCUAUAUUUACAAUAACAUCAACAAGAAAGUCUACUAGAAAGCGCAUGGAUGUAGAUCAUUUCAAGGAUAACGUGCAAAGUCAUUUUACCAAGAAAUAUUUGCAAAAAGACUUGAAUAACUUUCUGUUAAAUAAGAAAUACAAGGAGAAGUUUGGUCUUACAAAAGAUUGCAUAUCUAUGUCAGGAAUUCAGAUGUUACAGGAUUUAAUUAAUUGUGGAAAGGUCAAAGAAGAAGAAGAAGAAUCGAUAUAUCAAGUAUUCUCUAGAAAAUCUAUAAUGGAUUUAGAGAAAGACAAUAUUAUCAUUAUGACUAAUACUCAUAAUAAAGAAAUAGGUACAUUGAUUAAUGAUAACAAUUUUAUAAUCGUAGACAAUGAAAUCGGUCAAAUCAUGGAACAUCUAGAGUCUACCGAGGCAGAAGUUGUAAUAAAAACUGAAGAAGAAUCUCGUGCAGAAGAAGACAGUAUUGUUGAUAACAGUUAUGAUGAAAUUGAAGAAAAACUUAAACAAAUAUGUGAUGGGGAAUAUAAUAGUAAUAAAUCCUUUAUUGAUAAAAGAUACAAUGGUUUAACAUAUAAUGAAGAAAGCAUUGAAACUAAUGAAAUAGAAAAUACUAAUAAAGGACACAUAGCACUUGACAAUUCAGAAAUUAAGCCAUCCCUUAGCGAUUCAUCUAAUACGCAAGUUAACAAACAUAAGUUAACUAACAUAGAAACUAUUUUUGGUAUUGGAAGUGGUGAUGAAAGCACAAGAUUUGAUUCAACAAAAAGUGAUUCCGUCACAAUUUCCGAUAAGUUAGAUAUAUCGAUCAAUGAAGAAAUUGCCAUUGGAAGUGAAAGUUUAGAUGUAAAAGAUGUAAAAUUAAUAUCUGCUGAUCGAACAAAUUUCAAUAAAGAAAAAUCGCAACCUAUUUCAACUGUAAUGCUUACUAUGAAACGGAAAAGAAAAUCUAGAGAUGAAGAUAUGAAGACUAUAAAGAGUUCUUUAAAGGAUGUACCAAAAAGAUUCAGAACACACGCUAAUGCUUGGAAUAGUUUUGAACGAAAAUUAAAAACGCCAAGGAAUAGUUUCUCAAAUGAUACAGAUGACUCUGCUACAAAUGAACCACCUAAGUUUACAAUCAAGGUCACUGGUAUGGCAGAGGAUGUUACAGAGAUUAUUAAAGAGCUCAAUCCUAAAACUGCCGUGACUUACGAAAAAGAAGAGUUAAAAGUCUCCUCCGGAGAUCAUCAAGGCAAAUCUUAUGUUACUUCGGUUAUAGCAGUUGAAGACUCCACGGUUACAUUUCUUGAACAUGAUUUAAAAAGAAAUGGCCAUCUUAUACAAACUUGUAGCAGAGAAUCAAAGGGUAUGGAAAAUAAUACACCUAAAAAAAUAAUGCCUUCUUCAAGAAGGAGAAAGCAUGUUUUAAAAUUGGAUGGAUCAUCGGUUUCAAACUCCCAUUUCGUUACAGCAACCGAUGACUCAUUGGGCUUUGAAGAAUUAUAUGGAAAAAGUUCAGCCGAGCACCAUAACAAGAUUAAGACAAAAAGAAACUUUAAUGAUUCACAAAUGACAAUUUCAUCGCAAUGUUUGUCUACAGAAUGUGAAACAAGAAUAGAUGAUCCCACAAAAACUUCAUCGGAUACGUUUAAAGAAUUACUGGAGAAAAUUAAUAUCCAGCAGAGAAUGAUCGAGAAAUUGACUAAUCAAGUGGCCUUGUAUAAAGAGCUGGAAACCAAAGUCAUACUUAUAAAUACAAAUCUACAGGCAAAGAAUAGAGAAAUUGAGGCAUUGACUCGCAAGACAAAAAUGAUUAACAGCAAUUCUUAUUCUCAAUCGGAUAAGGUCCGUUAUCUUUUUGAUCGAAAGCUAUUUGAAGAGAUGGCAAACAGGGUAGCCUAUCUGGAAGACACUAACAACAGGUUGACGAAAACAAUGACAGAGACAACUCAACUGAAGAGGAAACUCGGAGGUCAGUUGAAACAAAGAGAUGUUCUCAUAAAAGAACUCAAUUGGAAAUUAGAGAAGGCUUCUAAAUAUCUUGAGAGAGCAGAAAAAAACACUAAUACAUAUAAAAGAAAAAUGCUUAAUAUGCAAAAUGUGUUCAAAAGAAGGAAAUUGAUCGAUGAAAGACGGGAUGAGUUCAAGGAAAUGUUAAUAGAUAAUAUAACUCAUCAAUUUUCUGAGCAAGCAUUAGCCACUGCAUUAGAUAUUAGACAAACAUGUGGCAAGGAUGGUUACAGAAAGUUAUUAAGUUACAAUUUUCCGCUACCAACAUUGGAGACGUUGCACAGACAUUUCCAAAUUAAUGACAGUAGUAGUAACAAAGAGUCGGUUCAAGGGGCUACAAAGCAAAGUACAUCACAGGAGUGUUUUAACAGUUACCAGGCUAAUGCUAUAGAACAAGCCAGCAACGGUCACAGAAACGUAACAAUUGAUAAAAUUGAAGAUUUCGAAGAGAUUCACGUGAGCGACGUUGUAACAGGUACCGUGCAAGAUAUAUUUGACGAGGACAAUGAUGACCGUUUAAGUACAAGUGAUUUAGAUAUACUUAUUUUUGCACAUUUAAAUGCAGCUGUGUAGUCUUCUAACGUGGAAGCGUAACUCCAUCUUUGCCUUAUUUGAUCUGGAUCAUUAACCGAUAUCUUCAAAUUUUGUAAAUUUUAGAAAACUGGACAAUACUUGAAAAAUGUAAUCAAUUAUAAGUAUAUGCUUUUGAGAAUCGUCUUUUUCGUGUACCGAAAACUAGGGACUUGACGAGUUGAAUAUUUCAGCUUGCUAAACUCUUGUUGAGCAUAUAUUCGAGUCAACUCGAAUAAUUUCUAUCGUAAUUUGAGUUAAUAGCACGAUCUAAUCUAAGUUACGAGUGUAAGAGCGAAACUGAGUUACCUAUUUGUAACGAGAUAUCAUCUGCAUGUUAUUCAUUUAAUUGAGUCGUCAUUAUACAAGUAGUUUUACUUGCCAACUCACAUUGGAUUCGACUUGCAGAAUUGAGUGUAUGUAGACGUGUUCCUUCUUCCUUCACCAAAUUCUCGACUUGAGUGUAAUCUUGAGUUGGUAAUGUUUUUGAAUUCGAAUAACUCAAGUUGAUAAAGUAUUUGCCUUGUCAUAUCGGUACCAAAAAUAAUGAAAUUGAAAGUGAUACAGUUAAUCUAUCUUUCAAUGGUAGGAAAUCAUGGAUCAUAUUUUUAACCCUUUCGCUUCCAACACAGGCUAUAAGCGUAACGUGUACACUUUUGGCACGGGGUCCCGUUCAGUAUCGACGCUUUGGCGCAGCGACUUGUGGAAGCGAAAGGGUUAAAUCUAGUAGAAAUUAGUGAAUCAUGUUUCUUCAUUGAUGGAAGCUAAACAUAUAAUCAUAACAUUGUGGGUCCAGUGAAGCUAGGUCAGCCAUAUUGAAUCUUGUUGUCAGAGGCAGUGAAAAUUGCGUAAAAUUUUCAGUUGGUAUUCUGCGAAGCGAAUAACAUGUGCCAAUAAAAAAUUCGACACGAAGAAACGAGGUAUUCAUAAAAUGUAUCAGCUAAUGAGUUCACAAUUUGACGGGUGAUGCACUGCAAAACAAGAUAUCCAAAAAUUGGCCCGUUAACGAGACUAGGAUUCAAGGGUGAUAUUUCGAUAAUAAAUAUAAUAUCAACGCAAACACGGACCGGCUGACACAUUUUAUACAUCCACUGGUCAGUACGGCAAUCACAUUUCGACGAAAACGUGAAAAAAUGUAGCCAAAUACCAGUUAGAAAUUCUACGGGAUUUCCUCACCUGUGCCAUUAAAAUUCAAAAUGACCGACCUGGCUUUACUAGACCCUUAUGUUUAACAGUUUUCAUUAACACUAGAACUACCAAGACCAGUCAAAAUGACUGGUUUCAAAUGGCCCAUCCUAUACAAAAAAUAUCCGCCGGUAGUUGGUGUUGAAAUUUUGAAAAGGUAACUUAUUAUUAUUGAUCCCAUUCUUAAUACUCCAUCUUUCAUAUAUCUACUUUCACAUUGUAAACUGAACACCUUUAAAAUAUCAUUUAGAUAUGUGUAAAAUAGAUAUAAGUACUUUAAAGUAUUUUAAUACUGUAUUAUGCAAUACAUUUUUUAUUGUAAAUACAUGUACAAACUUUAUAUGAAACAACAUAGAAUAAUUGGAAUAUACAUGAUAUAAUAUUUGCCAAAAUAA